AACCCGAUCAUGAUCCUAAAUACACGAUAGUUUGGGGUUCAAAACUUCAAAUUAAAUUAAAGCAAUCCCUUAAAAUGUGUAUAUAGUGCAUGCGCUGGCCGUAUGUAGUAGUUCAAACAACACGAACUACUGCAUCCACGCGUGCAUGAGAUAUUUCUGCAUCUGGGAACCAGAUCAUGUAGAGGCAUCUGGUGGUUUUAUGUUUCCUUUCGAGCUUUAGGUGCUAUUUUAGUGGACGGUGUAAAUGGAGAUGGAAAAUGGCUUGAACGUCGGGACAACAACCACGCAUGAGGGAGCCGAACUAAAAAACAACGUAGAAAAGGCUGAGAAUAAUAGCCCUAACGCGAUCGGUGGUCGACAAGACUUCGAGAAGAGUACUGGAGAAGAUCAGAAUUCCAAAACUGUUUCAUUUCUUAAGCUUUUCUCUUUUGCAGAUUCCACUGAUGUUUUCCUAAUGAUUGCUGGUACAAUGGGUGCCAUUGGAAAUGGCUUAGGUCUGCCCCUUGCAUCAGUACUCUUCGGGGAAAUGGUUAAUAGUUUGGGAAGACCUACAGGCAUUGUUCCUUUAGCUUCCAAGGUCUGUCUAAAAAUAGUCUACCUGGGUGUGGGGGUUGGUGCCGGAGGAUUCAUCCAGGUGGCUUGCUGGAUGAUCACAGGGGAGAGACAAGCUGCGAGAAUACGGGGUUUGUACUUGAAGGCUAUUUUAAGACAAGAUGUGGCUUUUUUCGAUAAAGAAACUAACACUGGAGAGGUAGUUGGGAGGAUGUCAGGUGAUACUGUUCUCAUACAAGAUGCCAUUGGCGAGAAGGUUGGGAAGUUUCUGCAGUUGAUAUCAACAUUCAUAGGAGGUUUUGCUGUGGCAUUUUCCAAAGGCUGGCUUCUUACCCUUGUCCUGUUGGCCUCAUUUCCUCUUCUUGUGGCGUCUGGAGGUCUUCUGUCAAUCGUCAUAGCUAAGACAGCUUCCCGUGGACAAGCUGCUUAUGCAAAUGCAGCAAAUGUGGUUGAGCAAACAAUCAGUUCAAUCAGGACAGUGGCAUCAUUUACUGGGGAGAAACAAGCUGUAAUGAACUAUAAAAGGUUCCUGAUAACAGAUUACAAAGCAGGUGUUCAUGAAGGCUUGGUUUCAGGGUUAGGUUUUGCCGCCGUUAAGUUAGUAGCAUUUGGCAGCUUUGCUCUGGCAGUAUGGUUUGGAUCAAAAUUGAUACUGAAUAAAGGAUACAAUGGGGGUGAUGUGCUGAUUGUGAUUACGGCUGUGUUGACUGGAUCUGCGGCCCUAGGCGAGACAUCUCCCUGCAUAAAUGCCUUUGUUGCAGGUAAAGCUGCUGCAUAUAAGAUGUUUAAGACUAUUGAGAGGAAGCCAAAGAUAGAUACGUAUAGCACAAAGGGAAAGAUUUUGGAUGAUAUUCACGGAGAUAUUGAGUUAAGAGAUGUCUUUUUUAGUUAUCCAGCCAGACCCAACGAGCAAAUAUUCAGUGGAUUCUCUCUUUAUAUCAAUAGAGGCACUACUUCAGCUUUGGUUGGACAAAGUGGAAGUGGGAAGUCAACAGUGAUAAGUCUAAUAGAGAGAUUCUAUGAUCCACAGUCUGGAGAAGUUCUGAUAGAUGGCAUUAACCUCAAAGAUUUCCAUCUUAAAUGGAUUAGGCAGAAAAUUGGUCUUGUUAGCCAAGAACCUGUGUUGUUUGCAUCCAGUAUUAAGGAUAAUAUUGCAUAUGGAAAGGAUGGUACAACCUUUGAAGAGAUCAGAGUUGCCACUGAACUUGCAAAUGCUGCUAAAUUUAUUGAUAAAUUGCCUCAGGGACUAGAUACCGAGGUUGGUGGGCAUGGAAUGCAGCUAUCUGGGGGUCAGAAGCAGAGAAUUGCCAUUGCAAGAGCAAUUCUAAAAGACCCUCGGAUUUUACUUCUGGAUGAAGCUACAAGUGCUCUUGAUGCAGAAUCUGAGAGAAUUGUGCAGGAGGCAUUGGACAGGAUCAUGGUUAAUCGAACUACCGUUAUUGUUGCCCAUCGUUUGAGUACAGUCAGAAAUGCUGAUAUGAUUGCAGUCAUUCAACAAGGAAAGAUAGUUGAAAAAGGAUCACACUCGGAAUUAAUCAACAAUCCUAAUGGAGCAUACUCGCAACUCAUCCACUUGAAAGAAGUAAACAAGGAGUCGGAACAGGCAUCAGACGAUCAAAACAGAUCAGAAAUUACUGCUGAAUCUUCUAGACAUGACUCAAGUCUGAGAUACAGUCAAAGAAUAUCACACCUAAGAUCUAUAAGUCAGGGAUCAUCUGUUAAUAGUUGCAGCCGCCGUUCAUUCUCAGCCUUUGGAUUGCCCAUAGAAGGCCUCAUCCCUGAUGAUACGUGGACAGAACCAGAAGAAAUGUUUCCAAAGGUCUCAAUCCGCAGCCUUGCCCUCCUCAACAAACCAGAGAUUCCUAUUCUUCUUCUUGGGGCUAUGGCUGCAAUCCUAAAUGGCACAUUAUUUCCUUUAUUUGGUAUGUUGAUCUCCAAGGUAAUCAAAUCAUUUUACGAACCACCUCAUAAACUGAGAAAGGACACAAAUUUUUGGUCAAUAAUUUUUGUGAUCCUUGGUGUGGUAUCGUUUCUUGCAAUUCCAGCAAGAGCAUACCUUUUUUCUGUGGCCGGGUGCAAGUUAAUUCAACGUGUUAGAUUGAUGUGUUUUGAGAAGUUGGUUCACAUGGAGGUUGGUUGGUUUGAUAAGCCUGAGCACUCAUGUGGCUCGAUUGGUGCUAGGCUUUCAGCAGAUGCUGCUCGAGUGAGAGCUCUUGUUGGAGAUUCACUUGGUCAGAUUCUUGAUGUUAUUGCUUCAGCAGUUGCAGGUUUAGUCAUUGCAUUUGUUGGAAGUUGGCAGUUGGCAAUUAUUAUCCUUGCAUUGAUUCCUCUGAUUAGUAUCAAUGCAUAUGCUCAAUUAAAGUUCACGAAAGGAUUCAGUGCAGAUGCAAAGAUGAUGUACGUGGAAGCAAGCCAAGUUGCCAAUGAUGCAGUCGGGAGUAUAAGAACAGUUGCUUCUUUCUGUGCUGAAGAGAAGGUGAUGAAUCUAUACAGAAGCAAAUGUGAAGGCCCAAGGAAGGCCGGGAUAAAGCUAGGCUUGAUCACUGGAAUAGGAUUUGGGACAUCUUUUGGCUUCUUGUUUCUUGCCUAUGCUACCUCUUUCUAUGCAGGAGCUCAACUGGUUCAGGCAAGGAAAGCAACAUCCUCAGAUGUUUUCCAAGUUUUCUUUGCUUUGACCUUUGCAGCCAUGGGAGUUUCUCAAACAAGCUCCAUGGGUCCAGAUACUGGCAAAGCCAAGAAUGCUGUUUCUUCCAUAUUUGCAAUAAUACACCAGCAAUCGAAGAUAGAUGCAAGUGAUGAGUCUGGUAUAACUUUAGACAAUUUCAAGGGAGGAAUUGAGUUUCGUCAUGUAUGCUUUAAGUAUCCAUGCAGGCCAAAUGUUCAGAUCUUCCAUGACCUCAGCUUGACUAUCCAUCCUAACAAGACAGUUGCCUUGGUUGGAGAAAGUGGGAGUGGGAAAUCCACAGUCAUCUCAUUGCUGCAAAGGUUUUAUGAUCCUGAUUCUGGUCAUAUUAAACUUGAUGGAAUUGAAAUUCAGAAGUUUCAAGUGAAGUGGCUGCGGCAGCAAAUGGGUCUCGUGAGUCAAGAACCAGUUUUGUUUAAUGACACUAUUCGUGCCAACAUUUCAUAUGGAAAGGAAGAAGGAAAUGCAACAGAGACAGAAAUUAUAGACAUAGCAAAGUUGGCAAAUGCUCAUAGCUUCAUUAGUGGCUUACAAAAGGGUUAUGAUACCAUAGUAGGAGAACGUGGAGUCCAGUUGUCCGGCGGGCAAAAGCAACGAGUUGCCAUUGCACGAGCCAUGAUCAAAAGCCCGAAGAUAUUACUAUUAGAUGAGGCUACUAGUGCAUUGGAUGUCGAGUCUGAAAGAGUGGUUCAAAAUACAUUAGAUAAAGUUUGGGUUAACCGGACUACGGUGGUGGUUGCUCAUCGAUUAUCCACAAUCAAGAAUGCCGAUUUAAUCGCAGUUUUUAAAAAUGGAGCUAUUGUAGAGAAAGGGAGACAUGAGACUUUGAUUAAAAACAAGGAUGGCUUUUAUGCCUCCUUGGUUUCAAUUCACACAACUACUAAUGCUUCAACUUCCUAGCUAGCUAGGAACUCUAUGUGCUUAAAUAUUUUAACUUUCUAGAUGUUGAAUAUAAAAGACAAGGAGAAAUGUUUUAAUCAUAAAAUAAUUGUAUAAAAUUAAUUCAUAAAGUAACGUAGUUUGAUUUGGUA